UGAAUAAGGAGAUGCCAAGCGGUAAACAAGAAGGUACUUUGAAAGUGCUUAAUCGGAAAAUUAUGGGAAUGAUUAGGCAAUUUAUUGAUGAUAGUGUGUUUCAGCAUCUUGCUAAUGAUACCAACGCCUAUGAACUAUGGGAGAAACUCAAAUGCAUGCGUUGUUGCUCCUCAGCUCGUUUCCAGAAAGCUGGGAGACCUUGGUUGUAUCACUUAGCAAUUCUGCUCCAGAGGGACUGCACUUGGAUUAUUGAUUCGGGUGCCUCAUGUCAUCUCACACAUCAUCAAGAUUUCUUCUCAUCUUACACUAGCGGUGACUUUGGCUAUGUCAAGAUGGGGAAGGGUGAGAAGUCACCUAAGAUUAUUGGGAUGGACACUGUUUGUUUGAAGACUAACACUGGUUGCAGGUUGACCCUCAGAGAUGUCAGACAUGUUCCAGAGUUUCGGUUCAACCUCAUUUCAGGUGGAGGCCUUAAUGAGGAUGGUUAUGCUAGCCGCCUUGGUGAAGGAAAGUGGAAGCUCACCAAAGGUUCUUUGAUCGUGGCUCGAGAUCAUGGGGGAGAAGAUGGAGAGCAAUAUUGUGGUGAUGAUGUUGCUCGUGAUGGUGAUGUACUAGAGCCACCUCGUAUUGAGCAUGGAGUUCCGCCACAGAGGGAUCCUCAAAAGCUUAAAUUUGAGAGAGUUUGCUACUGGGAAGAAGUGAAGAACGUGCACCAAAGUGAACGAUUUCAAGCCAAGUGAGAUGGGGUUAUAUCCUUUCUUGAUGGACGUGGUCAUUCCCUGGUAAAGUUGCAUGGAAGCAAGCGAGCACCCAAGAGCAAUUGGGUGUUCAAGUUGAAGAGAAAAGAGCAUUGCUUACAACCCACGGACUUGGCGCAGUUGGUUGUGAAAGGUUUGUUUGAUACUCCCUCCGUCCCAAAAAACCUUUCUCCUUUCUUUUUUCACCCGUCCCAAAAAACACUUCUCAUUUCU